AUGGCGCGUCACCUUCAUCUCCUCCCGCUUCUCUGCCUCGCCGUUGUCGUGGCGGCCGCCCCUGCCUAUGCCAUCUUUCAUUUCGGCUUCAGCUCCGAACUUGAGCACCCCUACGGCGGCAGCUCGUAUUCCAGGCACGAGAUCUGGCGCCGCGCCGCCCUCGGGAGCAAGGCCCGGGUGGCGAGGCAUAGAGCCAUGCUCGCACAGGUUCUCGGCAAAAGCGGUGAUAUCUCCGCGGCCGACGUGACCUUCUCCCCGCACAGCGACCUGGGCUACUGGCUCACCGUGGGAAUCGGCACGCCGCCGCAGCCGAGCAAGCUCAUCCUCGACACGGGCAGCAACCUCAUCUGGACGCAAUGCAAGCUGUUCAGCCCGACGGCUGGGCAGCUAGAGCCGCUCUACGACCCCGGCAAGUCCUCCUCCUUCGCCGUCCUCCCCUGCAGCAGCAGGCUGUGCCAGGAGGGCCUGUUCACCAAGAAGAACUGCACCGACAACAGGUGCCUGUACGAAGACCGCUAUGACAACGCGGUGGCGGGCGGCUUCCUCGCGUCCGAGACCUUCACCUUCGGCGUGCACCGCAAUGUCUCCCUCUCCCUCGGCUUUGGCUGCGGCGCGCUAACCGGCGGGAGCAUAGCCGGCGCCACCGGCGUCUUGGGCCUCUGUCCGGGCACCUUGUCUCUGGUGGCGCAGCAGUCCGUACCAAGGUUCUCCUACUGCCUCACUCCUUUCGCCGAACGCAAGACUAGCCCGCUCCUGUUCGGUGCAACGGCCGACCUGCGCAAGUACAGGACUGCAGGGCCAAUCCAAACUACCUCCCUACUCAGGAACCCAGUGGCGAACCUGUUUUACUACGUGCCAUUGCUGGGGCUCUCGCUUGGGGCCAAGCGGCUCGACUUGCCGGCGGCCAGCCUCGCGCUGAAUCCCGACGGCACCGGCGGCACGGUCAUCGACACGGGUAGCACGCUGGCGUACCUCGUGGAGCCAGCCUUCGAGGAAGUGAAGAAGGCCGUGCUGGAGAUGGUGAAGCUGCCGGUGGCGGACCGGACCGUCGAGGAGUACCAGCUGUGCUUCGCGCUGCCGCGUGGCAUGUCGAUGGACAAGGUGCAGACGCCGCCGCUCGUGCUGCACUUCGACGGCGGCGCGGAGAUGGUGCUCCCGCGGGACAACUACUUCCAGGAGCCGAGUCCCGGGCUGAUGUGUCUGGCGGUGGGCAAGACGUCGGACAGUUCCGCCCCGUCCGUCAUCGGCAACGUCCAGCAGCAGAACAUGCACGUGCUCUACGAUGUGGGCCACCAGAAGUUGUCCUUCGCGCCCACGCAAUGCGACGAGCUCUGA